AUGCAAACCGAAGAAGAAUCGUUUCAGUUGCAAGCUUUGGAAAUACAGGAGCCAGAUGAAAACUUUGAUCCCGAGAAGCAGCCACAGAACGGCGAGGAGUAUCUAAUGCACAUGCUUUACGAACGCAAACGUUGCCCAGCUAUUGUGACCAAACGUUCCGCCAAAAUUAAAAGCGAUGUGUGCAACAACAUCGAAAUGGUUGCAAGCCCUCCACUGCCGCCGCACAAGUGCCUGCUGCCAACACCAGAGUGGCGCAAUGUCCAGGUCAAGAGUUUCCAGGAGGCGCGUCAACGUGUCACCACCUUGCGCGGUGAGCUAGAUGCCCAGCACUACGACCAAAAAGUGGAGCCACCAUUGACCACAGAUGCCGCAAAGUGGUUGCAGUUCUGCCAGCAACAACAGCCGCUGCUGAGCACCUUGCUCCGUCUGAGCCAAAACGACUUGGAGCUGCUCCUAGAGCUGCUCUGCAAGUGGCUACAACCGGAGCAGGAGUCCAGUGAUGAGCCCAGCACCUCGGCCAGCGCGCAACCCUUUGAUUUAUGGCGCGACACUUGGCUGGCACGAUGGCUUUAUGCCACCCUGGUUUGUCUGCAUCUGCCGCUGGAGCCGCACGUGUUCAGCACUUUGCGUUGCAUUGGACGCGCCGCUGUGCUGCAUCGGAAUAUGUUGCAAGAGACGGAACUGGAACGUGCAGCGCCUUACAAUCUCAUCAUUACCCUCAUUGCCCAAGUCUUUGCGCAGUCUGAUUUUGCUGUCUAUCUUUAAGUCCAUUUUUUGUAUUGUUAUUCAAAUUAAAUUAUAAGUGCA